AUGUGCGCAUGCGCAGUAUUAUGCACAUGUGCAGUACGGAGCGGAUAUCCAGUGGCUUCCUCAAACCAGCUCAAAUCUAACAUCUGGUACUUCUAAAUGAAGAAAAUAUACAUUCUUAGUUUUUAUUAUCAGUUUAAAGAUAUAUAGAGCUGACGUGGACCGAGUGUACAAGUGUUUAAAAUGAAGAAGAAGAGCUCCGAGAAGAAGCGCCAUGUGGUGGCAUGGAUCAACAAAGCCGAGUGGGAUCAGGUGCUGGAAUAUGUCUAUUCAAAGGACUCCUCAUUGCAGAAGUAUGCCUUGCAUAGAAUAUCAGCGUGGAAGGUCCGGUUCGCCAACAGCACCCCGGUGGCCGUGGAGGUCACAGCAGACCUGGUGAGAGCCCAGAUCCUGGCGAUCGGGAGGCUGGAGGGUGACGACCUGGUUCUCUUGUAUGGGACAGCGCUGGUGAGGUUUGUGAAUCUAAUCACGGAACGACAGCAGGGGAGAGUGGCUCGUCCUUUGAGACUGCUAGCUGGCAGAUUAAACCUCCCUGAGUGGAUUGUAAACCUUAGACAUGACUUCACACACCGAAAGUUGCCAAAUUUAAAUUGGUGUAGAAAGGGCUGUAAGCUCAUUCUAAACUGGCUACAGCAGGAGUACUGGUCCAGACAGCUGGGAGGAGGGGUGAACGAGAGCUGGAACUCACAGUCAGAAGGAGAGGAUGAGGAGGAGGAAGAGCUGAAACGGCAGGAAGAAGGGCUUAUUGCUAGGCAGAAAGAGAUUGAAUGCUACACCACUGCGCGAGAACUGCUCAUCUCUUAUUCAAAAGAACAGUAUAACUCUAUUGAUGGACUCCAGAAGACCCUGCCCGGUCAGCAGCCAGUCCUCUCUGAAGAGGUCAGCUGGGUCAUCGCUCAGAUCACACACUUUGCGCGAGACUCUUUUGAAACACUGUUUGAUGUUUUGGUUGAAGAUGGAUUCUUAAUCCCGACCGUUGCUCAGCUGGAAUCAUUGGGUUGUGAAACGUUUGAAGAUUUCCAUUCCACUGAUCUCCAACUGCCCCCAAUUUAUCUGCGCUUUUGGCUCCCCCUCCUUAAGCUCUUUAACUCCACAUUGUUCAUCAAUAUGCUUCUGGAGAAACUCUUUGUGGAAUUGAAGGAGCUCUCGAAUGAGCCCAAUGAUCACAGGGCUUUCUACAUCUCCGCUUGGAUCUCCGAGGUCAUCGGCUGUAACAUCAAUAAACCGGAUUGCCAUUUUGAAACCAAAGUCCACAAGAAAGCGAGAUUCAAGGACCUGAUAUUUGUUCACCGCAUUCAGCUGAGAUGGCAGCAGCUGCUGACGGCCUGUCUGGACGCUCCCUGUUUCAGCACCAAGCACCUCCUACUGCUCAUCCUGGACGACAUGGAGCACCCCUUGCCCUCCGAGACCCGCCACAAGCUGUUGAAGCUCUGCAGUAUCUACACACAAGGGGCCCAUGAGGACGCCGCCGACCUCGCGGCCGAGCAGAGGGGACAGCCCAUAUACACGUUGGAGAGUCUGCACGAGAAGCAGCGUCACGCGCCACGCCGACCGGCGUCCGACUGCGACGCCGGUGCAUUUCUCCAGGGCCAACCCGGUGCCGACUUCCCGGCAGAAAACGCUGCAUUGCUCAAGGGCUCUCUGUGGCAGGUGUGCACGGAUAAAGUGAUGUGGAAGAACUAUCCACUGGGCAAAGUCCCCGGACAGUCGGAAGAACCCUCCGGGUUGAUGGUGGAGAGUUACUCCACCAUGGUUGUGUUUGACCAGCCAGUAGAGCUAGAGAUCACUGCACAGAACGCCCCCGGAGCCUCGGGGGCCGCCAGGGCCGCCAGCGGCCUGCCCUGGUCCCUCGGUGAUGUCCUCAAACUGAAGUCUGGACUGCAACUCUUUUAAAUUCAAUUAAAUUCAGAAGCCACUGAAUCUGUUUUUGUUGGGCUAAUGUUAAUGUUAAAGAAAUAGUACAUGUUGCUAUUCAGCAAUCCACGAGACCCCUAAUGUUCCUCGUCUAUUUUCUUUCAUGUGUUUUUGUUCGAGUUGUGCAGUUGUGGAAAAUGUAUGUCAAAAGUAACUCCACAUAUGGGUAGGGUUAACCCUUACCCUUACUUUUUUUGACUCAACUUGGUGCUGCACCAAAUGUAAUGGCCUCGCUCAUCAUUUAAUUCUGACAACUCAAUUAAACGAUGUGCCCCGUGUUUCAACAGCAUUUAGUUAGAUUCCAUUUUCUUUAGAGAUAUAAUAAAUAUAUAUAGGGGAGAGUGGGGUAGUAAGACGCACCAAUUUUUACUCAUAUUGUCCUCGAGGCAAGGAAAAAUAAGACAAGUUAAAUUAAAAUGUCCACCAAUUUACUUUUUCAAGUUGAUGUAUUUCCUCAAAAAGGCUUGUAUAUUUGCUGAAGGUAACCUGAAAAAUAAAUAUAUCAAACCGGUCAA